UCAGCUUCUUUCCUCUCCUUGGAAUAAUUUCGCAGCAAAAUUUGAUCAACAGUUGAAACGAUUGAAGAAUCGAUUUGUAGAGAGAUUGGCGAUGGCGGAUUCGGAGACGGAGAAGCCGCUGAGGAAGAUCUCAGAUGCGUUCAAAGAACUGGCCUCCUCCGUGAAUUCGCCGAGCCCAGACGUGCAAUUGGCACAAUUCUCCCACGCUUGCUCCCUCGUCUCGCCUCUAUUUGGUUGUCUCGGCAUCGCCUUCAAAUUUGCCGAGAUGGAUUACGUCGCCAAGGUUGAUGAUCUUGUGGAGACAUCAAAGUCAAUAUCAACAUUACAAGUAAUGGUCGACAAGGACAUCGAGACAAACACUGUCAGGAAAGCUGGUAGUCAUACGAGGAAUCUUUUGAGGGUAAAGCGUGGGAUCGAUAUGGUCAAGGUUCUCUUUGAGCAGAUUAUAGCUACCGAAGAUAACUCUUUAAGAGAUGCAGCUUCAAAGGCUUAUGCGCAAGUGUUUGCUCCCCACCAUGGGUGGGCUAUACGGAAAGCUGUUGCUGCAGGGAUGUAUGCUCUUCCCACGAGGGCUCAGCUUCUGAAGAAGCUCAAUGAGGAUGAGACAUCAGCCAAGAUACAAAUGCAGAGCUAUGUGACGGCAACAACCUCAGUAAUCACAUACAUUGAUACAAUGUUCCUCUCCAAGCAAUUGGGUAUAGAUUGGUGAGGAACCCUAUUUCUUACACCCUCAAAAACUGAUUUAUUAUUAUUAUAAUUAUUAUUCUAAGUUCUAACAGUCUUUUUCUCCUACAAAAGAAUGCGAUUUUGUUUUGUUGGUUUUAUUUCAUGAUUAUAUAACAUCAGAGACCAAAUUUAGAAAGGCUAAAAGCCCUUUGUAUAUUUCAGUUCUUUGUUGCUGUGUGUUUUGUUUCUUA